AAUAAUAACUCAAUAGUUUUAUUAUAUUGCUAAAAUAAUGUUAUCAAGUUGAACUGAGAAUUCUUACAGUUUUAUGUGUAUCUAUAUAGUACGUGUUUCAGGCUCUAUAAUCUUUCAUCUGCGUCAUGAAAAAUAACGUAAAAAACAAAAUGUCAAUGAUCCUUUAUAAGCAUGAUAAAUACAAACUUCUUUCGAUAAAAAACCACUAUAUGAAUUAAGUAACUAAUUAUGACUUUUGAAAAAUAUGUUGCAAUUAUUAAACUCAUGCAUUUCUUAAAAAAAUAUUAGUUUAUUAAUAAUAAACGAAGUGAUACGUAUUUAUUAUGUUGGAAGUCUAAUCAAAUUCUACGCUGCGUUUGCGUAUAUUGGAACGUCGAUUUCAUGAUGGCAGGUGUGUCAUUCAUAUGUUUUGAUUUUUUACAUAAAUAGUAUGUUAUAAAAAUAUCAAAUGUUUAUUUAUCUUUGUAACAAAAAAAUAGUAAUUCCAACAGUAGCACUGUGACUGUGUGAUGUGUACGUGACGCAAUUGCAGCAGUAGAGUGUGUGGCGCAGAAUAUGGUAGAUGGUAGUGGAGGGACGCGGGUGCUGUAAGAUGCCUUGCGAAAGCUGUGCGGUGCAGUUCAGCAUGUUCAAGCGUAAGCGAGCAUGCAGCGAGUGCGAGAGGUUCUACUGCAGCAGCUGCUUGCGGCGUGGAGGCGGCGCAAUGUGCGCGCCGUGCCGGGUCCUCUCCACCCGUCCGCUUACCAAGCAGGCUAUAGCUCAUUUGAAAGUGCGCGACGUGCAGUGCUUCUUACAACGACAGAAUGUCUCCACCAGGGGCUGCGUUGAAAAGGAGGAGUUGCUGAACUUGUGUGUGUCACACGUAAACAGCACUGCAUACAGACGCCGGGGCUCACGCACCUCAGGAGCCAGUCCCUUCAGCUCGCUGAAGGGAUUUACAAGUAACAUCAAUGACUUCCUCAACUCAGCCUUUGACAUCCGCAACAACCCGCAGCCACCAGCACAGCCUGCUGCCAGAGGAUGUGCCAGCAAUUGCUUCAACUCUGCUCAUGUGCACAAUAAUGUAAGUGGUGGAGUUCCUUCCAACUGCCAGAGGCCACAAGGAGAACGAUUUACAACUACACCAGGUGGGGAGCCAGACAUUCGUGUGCCUGUGCCGGAGUCAUCAGUUUCUAGCAGCGUGUCAGCGGAGAGCGCACGCGUCGAUACCGCCGACUGCUUCGAGAUUGAAGACCUGGACGACACUGGCUGGGAAUUUGUCAACAGACCCGCUGACCCCUUGCCAAACGACUCAGAGGUGUUGCUGAGUACGUCGGCCAGCUUCCAGCGACGCACUAGUGCGGGGGACCGGGAAGCGGAGCGACCGGGAGAACGAGUGUCCGAGCGGAGGACGGAGCGAGCAUCCGAACGAAGAGCAGAGCCAAAUACAGAGCGACCAGCCGGAUGGGGAGCGGAGCCAAGUACGGAGCGACCGGUCGGCCGGGGAGCGGAGCCAAGUACGGAGCGACCGGUCGGCCGGGGAGCGGAGCCAAGUACGGAGCGAGUGGUGGAGCGCGCCGCGUCCGAGCUAGAGCUGCGGGCGCCGGCGCCGCGCGCGCCCGACUCCGUCAGUCUGCACGACGCGCCGCUCCUCGACCAGGACUCGCGCAGCGACCACGGUACACCUAAACACAUAAGUCUAGAUCAAUUCAAGCAGCCGUCGGACCUGGACGUACUCAGCGUUAAGCAGCUAAAGGAGCUGUUGGUGCGGAACCGCGUGGAGUACCGCGGCUGCCUCGAGAGGAAGGAGCUGCUGGAGCGCGCCAAGACGCUGUGGAGAAACCACGCGCAGUACUGCGACGACGUGGAGGCGCUGCCGGCGGAGGAGUGCUGCAAGAUCUGCAUGGCGGCGCCGCUGGAGUGCGUGCUGCUGGAGUGUGGCCACAUCGCGGCCUGCACGGCCUGCGCCAAGCAGCUGGCCGAGUGCCCCAUCUGCCGCCAGUACGUCGUGCGCGCCGUGCGCUUCUUCCGCUCCUGAGUGCCUUGACUGCUCCUCCCGUACACAGUACACACUUUUCAAUUAUCCUUCCAUGAAAUCAUUAAUGUUAUCUCGUAACCGUAAAGUAGCCACGGUCGUAAUCUACAAUAAGAAAUCACCAUAAAUGCUUGCUGUAAAAUUUCCGACAUCAUGUAGGUGUAGGAACCACAUAGCGAUAGCGAAGAACAAUAAAUGGUGCUUCGUUGUAAACCGAAACUAGCGCUAACUAGUGUUAGAUUGAGUGUCGCUACGAUCAACUGUUGUAGUUAGUACGACAAUGUGUAAUGUAACGUUGCCCCGCCCCAAGUGAGUAGGGCGCCGACCAAUGAGACGAGCCAUAGACGUGUCCACGGUGCGCCGGCGCAGGCUGCCGCGCCGCUCGACGCUCGCUAUGCCAAGAGUACAGAACUGAUCUUGUAAAUAUUGUAACUGUUAUAUAUUUUUACCAGUUUUCUACCAAUGUAAACUGUUGUUAUGUAUAUUUAAAUACUGUCGCUCUGCGCCGUUGUAGCUGUAACACAAUCGAUCGUGCUGUGAUCCUUGGUUUACAAUUGAUAUAAUGGCUCAAAAAAAAAAAAAAAUAUUACCGAAGAACAGUUCUGCAACGAACGUACUGCAGUACGGCUUAGACACGGGAUGACGUGUCGCAUCCUGCGAUCAGCGAUCAUCCACGAAAUGAUGAUAUAUAAAAGUCUGAAUGUAUUCAUAGUUACAUAAUCCACAGACACUCCUCCUCAGUUGUGAAAAUGUUGUAUUAUUUUGUAUUUCCUACAGUAGUCCAUCGCAACUUCCUGAGCUACCAGGGCAGACUGUUCAGACAAUAAGUCAAAACUCGCUUCGGAAGCUAUUUAUCACUUAUUGGGUAUUCGCAGCUGUAGUUAGGUGUAAAAAAUAUGAAAUUGGUUAGAAUUAGCUCAAAAUUGUUUAUACAGAACUUGACUUUAGUUGGCACAUGUGUAAUCGACCGAUAAUCAGACUUUAUUAGGCAAGUAACCAUGGGGACAGGUAGCUUACAACAUCGUUAUCUGACCAAUCCAUCGGUCGAGCCAAACUGUUAAGUUCAGACACAGAGUGGGACCUGCAAACUAUAGUCAAGCACUGUUUAGUUUAUGUAUAAUAAAUUAAAAUUGUUGUUAGUGAGAUUGGCAACGCGGGCUGUGUAGUGCUUCGGGUGAUUCCUGCAGUGAGGCAUGCUCGUGAUCCAAAGCCGAGCAAUGUAACAUGCAUCAUGUUGUAUAUACUUACUGAUAUUCGCGUAUUACGUCGGACAAUAUCGGUCAGACGACGAAACGCUCUAUAUCAUUAUUCAUAUUUAAUAUUUUAUUCAAUAAUAUUGUUUUUUAUAAUUUAGUAUUUAACUAAAAUGUUGUAAAUUGCCUAAAAGGUUUAGUCACAUUGUACUGGAUCCGACUCGUUGACGAUGUAUCUGUAUGACAGUUCCAUGUAGGUAUUGUUUAGGUUUCGUUGUAUUAUUUAAGUACAUGUACUAUAAAUCAGCGCCAUUUAGGUAUCAAUAAAACGUUCCCAUAGCUGCAUGAAAUACUCGUUGUCAAUAUAUUUCCACCUCGCCUUACGACGUUUAUAUUAUUGCGCCUUCGCCAAUGAUAAUGUGUAACGCAGACAUGUAUUCUGGCACUCGCGCUAGUUCCUGCUAUAUGAUAUAUCGAGUCGAGUCGCCAGCUCCACUCGUGUGUAUAUGUAUAUAUAAUAUACGAAGUACAUGUACUUUAUUUUUGUAAUUGAAGAGAGACAGUCUCUGAAAAUGUUAUCCCACUGACUAUGAUGACAGUCUUCAUACGUAUGGUACGACAUUUGUCAAUAAAGGUACAAAAUUAGAGCUUGUACCACAGUGAUGCGUCGGGACUCCUGCAAAUUCAAAUAGCAACCAAUAACCAUUAAGGUUUAAACCCGUUUAUUAACUCUGUAAUAAUAUCAUGUACUUUAAUGAAUUGAAUUCGAUAUAUCUGGUUGUGAACUUGCUUAAAUUAAAGUUCGUAAUUAAUUACAGGGUAUAGCACUUGGUUUAAGAAUGUUGUCUUUGUGUAAAUAGCUUUCUUUAUCACUACAAACGACACUUCCCUUGGUUUAGAAAUAGUAGUCUCCGAACAUGACGUGGUCCGAGAUUCAGUGAUGUGUUCUGUGUGGUUUAUCCUCUCUUGCUUAUAAUCUGUACAGCCUAUUUCCCUAAAACACAUAGAUACUUAUAUUGUACCAUGGCAGGUUUUGUACCGUACUAUGAGACUUUAAUAAAAUACCUACUGAGGUAAACAAAGUUCCGUGUAAAUAUGAGUAUUUUCAAUAAAAUUGUACCACAUAGAUAAGUUGAAUACACGGUAAAGCCUUUAUUGUC